GUGGUUCAACAAAUGCCAGUGUGGGUUCUGUUCCCCUGGGAAAACCAUGUUCCCAUCAAGAAUCUCUCAUCUCAUGACCUAGAACCUGAAGCCUCUAUGGAUCUCUUCUUCUUUUCUGUCUAAGAAGACCAUUAUCACUCUAGAGAGAGCUAUCAUGAAAGAACAAGUGGUAUUGUCAACGCCUGUGGAGUAUAAUUAAUGGAUAUAUCCAUGAUUCUUCUUGUCGCCGACAGCAGCCAAGGUUCAGCUAUUUUUCUGGAAUGGUCACUCUGACUUGCUACUUGGCUGGCUGAUCUAAGACGCUCUGCGGAUUAUCUGAGGACUUACGAGCUAAUAAUGCUUAGGGAUUUCGUGUCCUGAAGAACUCUUUAAUCCCAUGCUUCCUGAAUCCCACUCUAAGCCAGGACCUUCUGUCACAUCCCAAGAGUUACAGGUCGUUUGAAAGCUCUGCUAAACAACCUUUCUGCUCAGCCUUUGGGGGUCCUGUGAGGUGCCCCUUAGGGCUUUCCCGGUAUCUUUGACAAGGAGGUACCUCUUUGUUGGCACUCGGCCUCUGGCGGUGCUCUGAGGGUCUUCCAUUCUGGACAAGAGCAGCAAAGCAAGCCACGCCAUGGGUGAGAUCAGCCAAGAGACGGUGGAGAAAUACCUGGAGGACAACCCUCAGUUUGCCAAGGAGUAUUUCGACCGGAAGCUGCGGGGGGAGGCGGCGGGAGAAAUGUCGCAGCCCGGCGGGGCGCAGGCGCCGGCCCGCGCGUCCUUCCGGGGCCUGACGCUGGCGGAGGAGGCGGCCCUGUGCCUGGAGCUGCUGGAGGCCUUGCGGGAGGAGGCCGGCAGCGUGGAGCUGGCGGCGGACAAGGCCCUGCGGAGGCUGGCGCGGCUGCUGCGGGCGGACCGCUGCAGCAUGUUCCUGUGCCGGGCGCGCAACGGCUCGCCCGAGGUGGCCUCCAAGCUGCUCGACGUCACCUCCACCUCCAAGUUCGAGGACAACCUGGUGGUCCCCGACAGAGAAGUUGUUUUUCCACUGGACGUCGGGAUAGUGGGUUGGGUUGCUCACACGAAGAAAACCUUCAAUGUCCCAGAUGUGAAAAAGAACAGCCAUUUUUCUGACUUCAUGGACAAACAAACCGGAUAUGUCACCAGGAACCUGCUGGCAGCCCCCAUCGUGAUGGGCAAGGAGGCUUUUGCUGUGGUUAUGGCAGUUAACAAAGUAGAUGCAUCUGAAUUUUCCAAACGGGAUGAAGAGGUCUUUUCCAGAUACCUCAACUUUGUUUCUGUCAUCCUAAAGCUUCAUCAUACCAACUACUUGUACAAUAUUGAAUCCCAAAGAAGUCAGAUCCUCAUGUGGUCAGCCAACAAAGUAUUUGAAGAGCUCACAGAUGUUGAGCGACAGUUUCACAAAGCUCUCUACACUGUUAGAACAUACCUGAACUGUGAACGCUACUCCAUUGGACUGCUGGACAUGACCAAGGAGAAGGAAUUCUAUGAUGAGUGGCCAGUCAAGCUUGUAGAAGUCGAGCCUUAUAAAGGUCCAAAGACACCAGAUGGCAGAGAAGUCAUGUUUUAUAAAAUCAUCGAUUACAUUUUACAUGGAAAAGAAGAGAUCAGAGUCAUUCCGACACCUCCUGCGGACCACUGGACUCUCAUUAGUGGGUUACCAACAUACGUUGCUGAAAAUGGAUUUAUCUGCAACAUGCUGAACGCCCCAGCGGAUGAAUACUUCACAUUUCAGAAAGGACCUGUAGAUGAGACUGGUUGGGUCAUUAAAAACGUCUUGUCCCUGCCUAUUGUCAACAAGAAAGAAGACAUCGUGGGCGUAGCUACAUUUUACAACAGGAAGGGUGGAAAGCCUUUUGAUGAGUAUGAUGAACACAUCACUGAGACUCUCACACAAUUUCUCGGAUGGUCUCUUUUAAAUACUGACACCUAUGAGAAAAUGAAUAAACUAGAAAACAGAAAGGACAUAGCCCAGGAAAUACUCAUGAACCACACCAAAGCUACUCCUGAUGAAAUCAAGUCCAUUUUGAAAUUUAAAGAGAAGUUAAAUAUAGAUGUAAUUGAAGACUGUGAAGAAAAACAACUUGUCACAAUUUUGAAAGAGGACCUACCAGACCCACAGGCCGUAGAUCUGUAUGAAUUCCGCUUCAGCGACUUCCCCAUCACAGAGCACGAACUGAUUAAGUGUGGACUUCGGCUGUUUUUUGAAAUAAAUGUGGUGGAGAAAUUCAAAGUACCUGUAGAGGUUCUCACCAGAUGGAUGUACACGGUGAGGAAGGGGUACCGUGCCAUCACUUACCACAACUGGCGAUACGGGUUCAGUGUGGGGCAGACGAUGUUCACUUUGCUGAUGACAGGAAGACUGAAGAAAUACUACACGGAUCUUGAAGCCUUUGCCAUGCUUGCUGCUGCCUUCUGCCAUGACAUUGACCACAGAGGCACCAAUAAUUUGUAUCAGAUGAAAUCCACAUCUCCAUUAGCAAGGCUUCAUGGAUCGUCCAUCUUGGAGAGGCACCACCUGGAGUACAGUAAGACUCUCCUGCAGGAUGAGAGUUUAAACAUCUUCCAGAACCUAAAUAAACGCCAGUUUGAAACAGUUACGUUUGAAGUUGCAAUAAUAGCAACUGACCUGGCUUUAUAUUUCAAGAAGAGAACCAUGUUUCAAAAACUGGUUGAUGCCUGUGAGAAAACGGAAACUGAAGAAGAGGCCAUCAAGUACGUAACCGCUGAUCCAACCAAAACAGAGGUUAUCAUGGCAAUGAUGAUGACUGCGUGUGACCUGUCAGCUAUAACCAAGCCCUGGGAGAUACAAAGUCAGGUAGCACUUAAGGUUGCAAAUGAAUUUUGGGAACAAGGAGAUCUGGAGAGAACAGUGCUGCAGCAACAACCAAUUCCUAUGAUGGACAGAAACAAAAAAGAUGAACUACCUAAACUUCAAGUUGGAUUUAUUGACUUUGUUUGUACUUUUGUAUAUAAGGAGUUCUCACGGUUUCACAAAGAAAUCAUACCUAUGCUAAAUGAUCUUCAAAACAACAGAGUGGAAUGGAAAUCCCUAGCUGAUGAGUAUGAUGCAAAGAUGAAGGUAACUGAAGAGAAGAAAAAGCAGGAAGAAGGAAAUAUGACUGAAAAAGCUGCAGAAGAUUCAGGAGGUGGUGGUGAUGACAAAAAGUCCAAAACAUGUCUAAUGCUGUAAUACAGUCUAACUGGUCUAAAUUUCAAAUAUUGUUUCUACAUUUGAAGACAACAAGAAAACAUUCAAAAGAACAUCAGCAAAUUUCAUUCAUCAAACCAUCAAGUAACAGAGUAAGAGAAUCUUCAGAAAAGCUACCCUGUGACUAGCAUGAGAAAAUAUACUGCUAGCCUAAAAGCCCUAAGGGUAAAAUAAAGUUCAACGAAAGUGCAAAAUAAGACAAAAAUAAGUGCAUUUUUGGUGCCAAUUUGUUUUAAAUUAAAAAUAAUAUAAUCCUGAAAUUCGUCACCAAUUCUUUUUUUUAAAGGUUCUUAUUAACUGUAUUCAUUUACUAGGGCUACUUACAGCAAAAUGCCCCAGACUGGGGGGCUUAAACAACAGAA